UUUACGUCUACCUUUAAUGACAAUCAUUGUAAAAGGAAAACCUGUCGAUUUUAUUGUAGAUUCCGGUGCUACUUAUUCUGUAAUACGCGCCUCUGAGUUGCCAGGUACAAAAUUAAGUGGUAGAUUCCUAUAUUCUGUGAGUGCCAGUGGAUCGGAAACAAAAGAAAUUUUUUCUGCUCCACUGCCAUGCACAGUUGAGGCACAGCCUCCAUUUAAGCAUUCAUUUCUGAUGUCACACUGCUGCCCUUUCAAUUUACUGGGGCGUGACCUCAUGCUUACUUUAGGCGUCGGCUUACAGUCAACUCCUGAAGGAAUGAUGGUCCAAAGAAAUUCUAAAUUUGUCCCUCAACUUUGCAAAAUAUCCACCUGCUUCCCACCCUUUACUGUCUAUCAAUGGUGGAUAAAUUAUGAGUCAUCCCUGAAACUUCUUGACCUUGCAACUCAGAGGAUGUCCACAGCUAGUGCACAGCUGAUGAGACCCGAGAAUUUACAUUGUACUGCUUAUGUGACCUCUGAGUACGAUCAUGCAUAUGAACAGCGCUUCCUAUCCACACUGCCUGAUUCCUUAGAGGCACAUGAUCUUUUUUGGUCUCAAGCACGAUGUGCUGCAUCAGUUUCUUUAACACCUGAUCAGUCUGAUUUUUUUCUGGUAAAGAAUAGCGUCGCACACAUCUCCCUGGCUAAGUCUGAGAUUGAUCAGUGGAGAGACCUAGGUCCAUGGGUAAAAGCUUGCACCCAUGUUACAGACUGGCAAGAAUCUCAUAAUAGCUUUGUUCUUUUCUCCCCCUCCCUCCAAGCCUACAAAAUGAGAGUAUCGAAUGUCAUGUCUGCUAUGCGUGCCAUUACUCUUACUUCUGAUCAGCCUCAUCUCCCCUCCACACUUUUAUCACAGUCACACACGAUUCCAGAACUUGAAUCUGUUCCGGAAUCUGUGUGGGCUUCUCACAAAUAUGAUGUUGGACUUAUAAAAAACUGUGAGCCCCUCGUUGUAACUCCCAAAUCCCAUUUCAGACCCCGCAGAGCUCAAUAUCCUUUGAAACCUGAAGCCAUUGCUGGCAUCACUCCAGUUUUUGAGUCUUUUUUGAAAUCCGGCAUUAUAACCAGAUAUGAUCAUUCUCCUGUGAACACGCCCAUCCUUCCGGUAAAAAAGUACCGCCCCCCUCCUGCACCGGAAGAAUGGCGCUUUGUUCAAGACCUCACUUCUGUUAAUGCAGCUGUGCAUUCAUGUGCCCCUUGUGUCCCAAACCCUUACACUCUUCUGUCUAACGUUCCUCCUGACUCUAAGUGGUUUUCUGUUCUUGACCUCUCUAACGCUUUCUUCUCUGUUCCUGUUCAUCCUGAUUCUCAGUUUUGGUUUGCCUUCCAGUUCAACGGGCAAGGCUACACCUUCACCCGCAUGCCACAGGGAUUCUGUGACUCUCCUACUGUGUAUAACAGAGCUCUUGCUGCUUCUCUCUCUUCCUUCUCCCCCCAGCCAGGCUCUGCCCUGUUGCAGUAUGUUGAUGAUUUGAUGAUCUGCGCACCCACACGAGAACAGUGUGUAACUGACACAGUUGCUCUCUUGCAUCAUCUAGCAGCUGAAGGUCAUAAGGUCAGCAGACACAAGAUGCAGUUUGUACAAAAAGAAGUUACGUUUUUGGGCCAUGUCAUAAGUGCACAAGGUAAAUGCCUCUCUUCGAAACAUCUGACCGCAAUCCAACAGGCGCCGAGACCGGAGACUGUUAAGCAACUCCUGUCUUUCAUCGGAUUGUGUUCCUAUUGUAGAACAUUUGUUCCAAACUUUUCAGAACUCACUAAACCUCUAGGUGACUUAACAAGAUCAAAACCCAUGAGCUACAAAAUACAGUGGUCCCCAGAAGCUGAAAAAUCAUUUACUUCUCUGAAAAUAGCUCUACAGUCACCUCCUACUCUGGGCCUUCCUGACCCGUCUAAGCCCUUCACACAAACUGUUGAUGAGCGAAAAGGUUGUAUGACAUCUGUGCUUCUCCAGGAUCAUGGUGGCUCACUUCGACCAGUGGCUUAUUUCUCCUGUAAGCUCGAUCCUGUAGCUGCUGGCUUUCCUCGCUGUCUCCGAGCCAUCGCUGCAGCGGAGAAGGCUCUUGCGGCCUCCAGAGAUCUUGUGGGCUAUUCACCCCUGACCCUGCUGGUCCCUCAUGAGGUACACCUCAUCCUGGCUGAGCACCGCUCAUCUCACUUUUCCCUCCCCAGAUUUCUGAAAUAUCAUACCUGCCUGCUCGAGCUGCCGAACGUUACUGUUAAAAGAUGUUCGGUCUUAAAUCCUGCUACACUUUUACCCACACCUGAUGACGGAUCUCCUCAUGACUGUGUUGCUGAAUUGUCCCUUACCUGCUCACCUCGACCUGACAUGACUGACCAACCUUUGACCAACCCUGACUUUGUUUUCUUUGUUGAUGGAUCCGCCUCCCGUGAUCCACACACUGGCCAUUGUCGAGCCGCCUAUGCAGUCUGUUCUUCACAUGAGACUGUUGAGUCUGCUCCUUUACCAUGUCAUUUCUCUGCCCAGGCUGCUGAACUUGUGGCUCUCACUCGAGCAUGUCAUCUUGCAGCUGGGAAAUCUGCUACUAUCUAUACAGACUCACGUUAUGCCUUUGGUGUCGUUCAUGAUUUUGGCACUCUUUGGCGUCAUAGAGGUUUCUUGAAAUCGGAUGGAAAACCCAUCCUUCAUCACAAACUUGUUUCUGAUCUUUUGGACGCUCUUCUGCUGCCAUCGCAGGUAGCUGUGUGUAAAUGUGUUGCUCACACUAACUCUUUUGAUCCCAUUUCCAUAGGUAACAGCCGUGCGGAUGCUGCUGCCAAGGAAGCUGCUCUCCUCCCCCCCCCCUCCCUUUCUCUUUCUGCCCUCUCUGCUGGUUCUCAGUCAGUUCCCUCCUCUCUCUCUGCAGUUCAGUCACUGGCUACUCCCGCUGAUAUUCGUCUUUGGAAACAGGCUGAUGCUAAACACACGCCUGACGGUUGGAUGGGACCGAAUGGGAAACCCUGUCUGCCCUCUGCUCUCUUUCCUCACUUCGCGAAAUUGACCCAUGGGUUAGACCACGUGUCAAAAGGAGGGAUGAUGAGUGCCAUCGGACAGAACUGGUUCACUAAAGGUUUCACAAGUUAUGCGCAAAAAUUUUGUCAAGCAUGUAUGGUUUGUGCUUCUCACAAUCCAGGCAGACAGACAUCAAACACCCAGAAGGCCGCCCAUCCACCCCCCACUGGCCCAUUUGAGCAUGUGAUGAUGGAUUUCAUUGAACUUUCACCGGCUGAAGGUAAAAAAUAUUGUUUAGUCAUGGUGGAUAUGUGGUCAAAAUGGGUUGAAGCUUUUCCAACAUCUAAGGCUGACGCCUCUGCGGUAGCACGAGCUCUUCUAAGUGAAAUCAUUCCUAGAUGGGGUAUACCACAAAAAAUAUCAAGUGAUAAUGGUGCUCACUUUGCCAAUGAAGCUGUGUCACAGAUCUCUCUUCACUUAGGUAUUGACAUCAGGAAACAUUGUGCGUACCAUCCAGCCAGUGGAGGAGCUGUGGAGCGAGAGAAUGGGACUUUGAAAAACAAACUAGCUAAGUGUUGUGAAGAAACUGGCCUCACUUGGCCGAAAGCUCUACCUCUUGUCCUGAUGUACAUGCGCAUGCGUAAAAGAGGAAGGACUAAUUUAAGUCCUUUUGAAAUUUUGUUUGCAGCUCCCCCCAACACAGGAAUAGGACCCCCGAAGGCUCCUCCUCCAGAGACAGCAUUGUGUGAAAGUAAUGUCCUAACCUAUUGUGUAAAUCUCACUAAGACUCUUUCAAACAUCAGGUCCCAGGUGGCUGUUGCCCUCCCGCGUCCAGCUGAUGGUCAGCUUCACUCCCUCAGCCCUGGAGACUUCGUUCUGGUGAAAAGCUUCAGAAGGCACAGGUGGAACCAUCACCGCUGGGUGGGGCCCUACCAGAUCCUCCUGACCACACAGACGGCAGUGAAGGUCGCUGAGAGGGCUACGUGGAUCCACGCAUCGCACUGCAGGAGAGUUCCACCACCGGACCAGCACCCGGCUUUGAGUGCAGUUCCUGUACAGCGGACUGGUUUGUCCAGCUGCAUCGCCUCGAGGAGAAACAGUGUGGAGUGAAAUAGCGUCCCGCUGCAACAGUAGCGUGCCAAGCUCCAACCCUUCACCCUCACAAUGGAGAAUCCCCGCCCCUGGCAUCCAUUCAGAGAAUUUGGAUGGCCUCUGAGAGGUACCACCUGUCUCCUCCUAUUCCUAUCCGUCAUCAUCGUGUUCCCCAUCCUCUGGAUGUUCGACCCCCCCUCAUCUUCGCCCCCUGCUGUCCCCUCAUCGAUCAGCUCUACCCCCCUUCCCCUAAUGACUCUGCCAACGGAACCUUCCCCCACAACCCCAAACGUCACUCGGACUCAUCACCGCUCAAAACGGCAUGUUGAGAUCAGUUCCUGUAUGCUCGCCACCUGCCCCUCCCGCUCUGUAACUCAUACCCUCACCAACCCCUGUAACGUUACGGCUGACAGCCAAAGGAUAAAUGAACUGUACACCUGCUACAAUGCCUCCAUUUUUGUAGCCACUCUUUCUGUUCCCCUCAGCUCGAUCACUCUUCUAAAUUUGUGGCGUGGAACUGCCUAUAGUAAUCAUGAGUGGUACCUAUCCCAUCAGGAAUCGGCCUCAGGUUGGGGAACUGUGUUUGCUUACACCGGGACUGAUUGGAAACCUUCAGACUAUAUGACCACUCCAGAAGCUAAAAAAUGGUUUCGCAUUUUACAUUUGUCAAAGACUAAAACACAUCUCCUUCUGAGAUUUAACACCACUAUGUACCCUUUACCUGUAAAUCCAUCUGGUAAAAAAA